AUGAUACAAUAGAUUAAAAAAUAUAAAAAUUUAGAAGAAGUUUUAAACUCUUCGCUUUUAUCUCAUUAGGUUCUCCAUAUUGAUCUGAAUUAUUCUAUAAUUGGUGAUGAAGGUGCAUCAGGCUUAGGUUCUGCUUUAGCAAAUUGCAUUAAUCUCUCAAAUUUGACACUUGACCUUAGUGGCAAUGAAAUUGGUGAUGAAGGAACAUCAGGCUUAGUUUCUGGUUUAGCAAAUUGCAUUAAUCUAUCAAAUUUGACACUUUUACUUGAGUAAAAACAGUUUAUUUGUUUUGAAUUGUGA